AUGAGUGCGUACAGUCAUGUCCUAGUGAUCGGCGCCGGCGCCUUUGGCGCCUCAGCCGCCCUCGAGCUGGCACAACUUGGACACCGCGUCACGAUCGUGGACCAGUCUCUGGACGGACACGCGUCUAAAUCCGCGGCCUCGCAUGACCUUAACAAGAUCAUCCGAGCGGAUUACACGGACCCACUCUAUCGUGACCUGGGGAAAAAGGCGAUUGAGCUGUGGCGAUCACACCCCUUGUAUGCCCCCUACUUCCACGAGGUAGGCAUUUUCUUCCGUUCAGGACGACCUUCGUCGGUGGACGCGCCGUGGAUAAAAACAGGCGUGAAGAAUGCAACGGAACCGGUGGGCAAUGCAUACUCGACGGAAAAUGCACCAUCCAAGCACCCGACAGCACGGGCCAUCACGUCUAUGGAGGAGUCCGUGCAUGUAUUUCCGGAGUCGCUCAGACCGCAUCUUGGCCCGGCCUAUACGACCUUUGGAGACCAAAAGCAGGUGGGCUACUUCAAUCCACAGGCAGGAUGGGCGAAUGCACGGGAAGCGACAUUUUCCGUACUGGACGAGGCGCAGCGUCUCGGCGCGACCGUCCACUCGAACGUAACGAUCGAAAAGUUCUUGUAUGCACGAGCACACGGGAAGCAGCGCGUCUGCGGCGCUAUCGCCAACGAUGGGCGCGUGUUCCACGCCGACCAAGUCAUUCUUGCCGCGGGAAGCUGGACGCCGUCACUGCUAGAACAGUGCCAGCUGCCCCUACCUAAAGGCCUGCUCAAGCCCUCGGCCCACUGCGUGCUGACCAUCCGUAUCCAGCCCCAGGUAGCGCGGCUCUUCCGCGGGACACCCGUUCUGUUUGACAUGAACACAGGCAUGUACGCAUUCGAGCCCAACGCCGACGGUAUCCUAAAGUGUGCCAUUCACGGAGUACGUGCCACUUGCUCACGACAGACGGGAUCGAGCUCACCCGAGCCAGCAAGCGCCUCGAGCACAUCGUUUCCAUCGGCCGACCAGCAUCCGCAUGUCGAUGUCAUGCUUCGAGAGCUCCAGAACAUGUAUCCGGUUCUGCGCCUCGGCGACCCAGACAGUCCCGCCCAAAUCCAUUUCACACGCACCUGCUGGUACUGUGAUACUCGCGACGAGAACUUUCUCAUUGAUUUCCACCCCGACGUGGACGGCCUGCUUGUAGCGUCCGGGGACUCGGGCCAUGGGCUCAAGUUCCUACCGCUGCUAGGCCGACUCAUUGUGUCGCGGCUUCUGGGGAUCCAAAACAACACUGCGAUCGCGCCAGAUCAUGGCUUGUCCGAGCACCAGCGCCGCGUCUUCUCAUUCGACCACCACAUCCACGCGGACGCGCGCAUGGACGCCAGUGUGCCCAUAGACUCUAUGCGGAUCGGCGAUCUUCCGCCUGCGAAGGUGCCAUCCGCCAAGCUCUAG